CUUUUCUUUCCGCCUUAUUGGUAGCACGAGGAGUCAAAAUGCCUCUUCCGCGAGAUUUGUUACACCCGAAUCGUAAAGAAGAACGUAGGAAGCACAAAUUGAAAAGACUAGUGCAAAGCCCUAAUUCCUACUUUAUGGAUGUUAAAUGCCCUGGAUGUUUUAAGAUAACGACGGUAUUUAGCCACGCUCAAACUGUAGUUUUAUGUGUUAGCUGCUCUACCGUUUUAUCGCAGCCAACCGGUGGGCGAUGUAGGCUAACUGAAGGUUGCUCGUUCCGUAGAAAGCAACAUUAGAAUGUACAGAAAGUGAAAUUAGCCCUUGAUAUGGCUGUUGUACACUAUUUUGUUACGAAGCAGCUUUAAUAAAGUUUGCAUUGAAUAUUGUGACUACAAAA